AUGAUGUGGUUCUGGAACCGCAUUGAAGGACAUUCACUACCAGUGAGGCACUGGUGCGACCAAAAUGAUAGGUUAGGCCGCUAUGGAUGGACGCGACAUGACUUCCACUCUUUCGGCAUUCAGGAGAUUGUCGACAAGAAUGUGGUCUUUGAGACCAGUUUCGUGAAGUACGCGAACAACAGCUGGAGAUCACGAAUAGAAGCCAAACCCAAAUAUGCAGAGCACUCGACCUCAAUGUCGCCAUCAGUUCCCAUAUCUUUGAUCUUCUAUGUGGCGACACAACGACCUCAGGAUCGGCUCCAAGUGUUGCCAUUCAAUGCGGAACUUAAGCCCAACUCUAACUUCCAAAUUGAAGGCCAUUCACACGAUUUGGGGGACUUUCGCAUGUCUUUCACUAUCUCUAAAAACAGAGCAAAUGUUUUGUUUAGAAAUUAUUUGAAUACAGUGUCGGAUCCACCGCUAGUUUACCUCAAAGAGAGUCUCCUUAAGAAUUUGGUUCUCUUUGACAUCAAUGACAUCCAAAGGAACCCAAUAUUUGUGGUGAACGGCGACUCAUUUGACAAAAGAGACCAAAUAAGUAGAGCUAACUUUGUUGCCCAUCAGAUAGUCUUCUCUUCUGCCAUCGAAUUGUACGUUGAGUUCCAAACUCUCAGCUCUCAGUCAUCCUCUCAGUCAUCCACUCAUUCAACUCAUUCAGUGACCAUCGAGUCCUACAAAAAUGAAUUACAGAAAAGGAGUCUUCAGUUCGACAAAGACUUUGAGCUUAAGUUUGGUUUAGAAGAGAAAAAGUUUAGUCAAAAUGAGAUCUCAUUCGCGAAAGCAAUUGUUAGUAACGUUUUGGGAAGUAUUGGGUGUUUCAGUGGUUAUUCAUCCGUACACUCAGAUCCAAGUGAAGAACCAGUUCCUUAUGGGCCGCUGCAGUUGCUGACAGGUGUGCCCUCCCGUUCCUUCUUCCCCAGAGGCUUCCUUUGGGACGAAGGCUUUCAUCAGCUAUUGAUCAGUGAAUGGGAUCGGGAGUUAUCCGAGACUAUGAUUGAAAGCUGGUUGAGUCUUAUGAAUAGCGAGGGUUGGAUUCCUCGUGAAGUGAUUUUGGGCGGUGAGGCCGAGGCUAGAGUUCCCAAAGAGUUUAUUGUUCAGAAGACCACUAAUGCCAACCCUCCGGCCCUCUUCCUGUCCAUAGAAAAACUGUUAAAUAACGGAAACGUUGACAUCAAAUGGUUGCAUAAAGUGUUUCCUCGACUUCAACUCUGGUAUAAUUGGUUUAAUGUCUCACAAAUGGGACAAAUCUCUGGUACUUAUCGUUGGAGAGGAAGGAAUCCAAAUACAAGAAAAGAAUUAAAUCCAAAAACAUUGACAUCAGGUUUAGAUGAUUAUCCGCGAGCCACUCAUCCAACCGAUGAUGAGAUACAUCUCGAUCUGAGGUCAUGGGUUGCGUUUGCCUCACGAGUGAUGGCAAGAAUUGCGGAAUUGGUGGACAAGUCUCUGGUCGCACAGUAUGAAGAAACGGCUCAAUAUUUAAGUGAUAAUGAAUUAAUGGAUUCCAUGCACUGGUCGGACAAACAUAACAUGUAUUGCGACAAAGGGUUGCACUCGACUCAAGUGACGCUCAUUAAAGUGAGAAACAAAUCGGACAACGGGUUCGAGAAGGAGAGGAAAGUAGUCAUUCCUCCCGCUUAUGACUGCGUCCCAGAGUUGGGUUAUGUCUCUCUCUUCCCAUUUAUGUUGACAUUAAUUGAAACAAAAAAUCCAAAAUUGGCUAAAAUUUUAGAUGACUUGGAGAAUCCGAAACUGAUUUGGAGUUCCCAUGGAAUCCGAUCCCUGUCCCGAAAAUCUGCUUACUAUCAGCAGCACAACACGGAAGUGGAUCCGCCGUACUGGAGGGGCGCCGUAUGGAUUAACAUGAAUUAUCUAAUCCUAAAGUCACUGCAUUAUUACUCGUCCACUCCCGGGCCCUAUCAGAGUCGAGCCCUUUCCAUAUAUCAACGUUUGAGACAAAACCUAAUCUCAACUGUGUUUACAGAAUAUGCCAGAAGUGGUUAUGUUUGGGAACAGUAUAAUGAUAUGACAGGCAAAGGGCAAGGAUCUCACCCCUUCACUGGUUGGUCGGCUCUUAUUGUCUUAAUAAUGGGUGAAAAAUAUUAA